CAAGCAUAAACUGUUAAAAAAACUUAAACAGAAAUAAAGUCGGGUAUUCCCCGAAAUUGCUCAUUUUAUGUUUUUUACUGGAAAAGCUGCUGCUAUGUAUUUGGUCCCAGUCUUUAUUUGUCUCUUGUCGGGUGCAAAGCGCUUCUGAGUGAAUGUGUACUGUUGUAUGUAUUUUUAAAAGUGUUUAUGUGCUAAUAAAUUAAGUGUUAUCAUGCCUGUGAGGAAAUUCCUUCCAUUAAAGCAAAAACUUGAAAUUGCUCAAAAACUCGAGAAAGGUGCUAGUGUUUCAUCCUUAGCAAAGAUUUAUGGUGUGGCCAAAUCAAGUUUCGGGAAUAAAAAAAAAUGCUCGUAGUAUUAUAUCCCACCAGGCAGUCGGAGCAUCUAAGCGGAAGACUCUUAGAAAAGGCGAGUAUCCCCGCAUGGAGAAGAUGUUAUAUAAGUGGUUUAUAGCUCAACGAAACAAAAAUUGUCCAGUUACUGGGGAAAUGCUUAAGAAAAAAGCAAUGAAGCUGCAUGCUGACUUUAAGGAAAAAGAAGGUAGCUUUCAUGCCAGCCCCGGUUGGUUAUCUGGAUUUAAAACUCGCUUUGGAAUCCGACUUUUAAAAGUGUGUGGUGAGAAACUUUCAUCGGAUAUCCAGGCAACUGAUCCCUUUAAGCAUAAACUCAGAAACAUUAUUUACGAAUUGAAGCUUUGCGAGGACCAAGUAUAUAACGCAGACGAGACCGGCUUGUUUUGGAAAAUGCUUCCUGAUAGAACGUAUGUCAGUCAAACAGAAAAAGCAGCUCCGGGAAGAAAAGCAGAAAAGGCCGGAAUUACUGUUCUUGCAUGUACAAAUGCAACUGGUCAGCAUAAAGUCAAACCCUUAAUAAUUGGGCAUGCCAAGAAGCCGCGCUCUUUUAAGGCUUAUGACAUCCCGGUAGACUAUCGGAACUCUAAGAAUGCAUGGAUGACUGCCAACAUUUUCAGAGAAUGGUUUCACCAUUGCUUCGUCCCUCAGAUUCAUAAGUAUUUACUACAGAAAGGAUUACCAGCCAAAGCUAUCCUUUUGCUUGAUGACGCCCCUUGCCAUCCUCCAGAAGAUGAACUUAAAACUGCUGAUGGAUCCAUAUUCGUGAUGUAUAUGCCUCCAAAUGUAACGCCUUUAAUUCAGCCUAUGGAUCAAAAUGUGAUUCGCUUAACUAAGCUGUAUUACAAAAAGCAUCUCCUGCUUUUAGCUGUAGGAAAGGAUGACAUCACACAAUUUCUAAAACAUUUAACUUUAAAGGAUGCUGUAUCAUUUUUAAUGCUUGCUUGGAAUCAGCUGCAAGCAAAUGUAAUAGUAAAAUGUUGGAAGCCUUUAUUAGUAUGCUUAAAUACUACAGAAGCAAACGAAAGCGAGGAUGAAUACGAUGAUAUUCCUUUGAGCUUACUUCGUCAAAAAAUAUUGCAGGAAAAAUGGAAAGAAGUUCAUGAUAUACAGGGUCUGCUGCAAGUUGUAUUACCGGAGGAAAUCUACACUGAACAAGAUAUUGAGAAGUGGAAUUCAAUCCAAGUUGACGAAGAAAUUGAUUUAGAUAAUUAUGCCAUGGAUACUGAAGAAUCUGGUGAUGACAGCCAAGGCGAAGGACAGAUCGGAAAUUCAAUAAAAGCUACUGAAGCCAUUAAAAGCUUCGAUAUAGCUAUCGCAUGGGCUGAAGCUAACACCACUGACUAUGCUGGCAUACUAGUACUGAAAAGUCUACGCGAAAAAGCGGUCCAAAAGUCAAUUUCCGAGAUCAAAAAGCAAACAUCUAUUCGCAAAUUCUUUCAAUAAUAUGUAUGUAUUUUUCAAAAAAUUACUUUAUACAUAUAACCUGUUUUGUUUACAUAAACAAACAUGAAUUUAAAGCUAAUAAACCAAGUUAAAAAAAAAAUGUUAACCUUAAUAUAGUGAACAACCUCGAUACUGCGAACAGGCCUUGCAGAAAUUAGUUCACUAUAUCCAGACUCCACUGUAUAUUCU